AUGGUGGUAACACUGUGUGCUCAUGGACAAUAUGGAUACAAUGUUGCAGUACUUCCAGCACCAACUGAGUAUAUGCUUGACUUUUAUAACCAAUCCUAUACCUCUCGUUAUGGUGAAAUCUCUGAAUCGACUCUAGACUGGUUGUGGGCACUAACAGCAGCAUCGUUUGCAGUAGGAGGCGCUAUUGGAUCGAUCUCUGCUCCGACAUGCAGUGAAAUUUUAGGAAGGAAAUUAAGCCUGCUGCUGAUGAAUGUGUUCUCAAUUAGUGCUGGUUUAAUGUUUGGAGCAAGUAUCAAUGCAGAUAACUUUGAAUUGGUUAUCAUGGGGCGUGUUAUUAUAGGAUUCUACUGCGGUGAGCAAUCAGGUGUCUGUGUGGCCAUGUCAAUAGUGCCAUUGUUUCUAUCAGAAAUAUCACCCAAUGAGUACAGAGGUAUAGUUGGUGCAGGUCAGAAGAUAAACCUGGCAGUCGGUAUUGUACUGGCGCAGUGCAUAGGUAUAUUUUGGCUUAACACAGAAGACACAUGGAAUAUACUUCUGGCUUUGACAGCAGUAUUCUCUAUUUUACAUCUGGUAUUUUUCCCGCCAUGUCCAGAGAGUCCACGAUGGUCCAUUAUUUCUGACCGUGACGAAAAGAAUGCAACAUAUGCUAUUAGGAAAUAUAUAGGAAAGUCUGCAAUACAGAGAACAGUGAAUGAAAUUGUUGUUGAGCACAGAGAAGUUCUGCAGGAAGAUCCAGUUGGUUAUAUCGCCUUAUUCAAGACCAAAGAAUAUCGACUACCUCUUCUGAUUUGCGCAACCGUCAUGUCUUCAGUACAGUUCUGUGGACUUCCUGCUAUCUACCAAUAUGCAGCCAGUGUGUUUGAAAUGAUUUGGCCGAAUAACCCGGAUGCAGUGGACUAUGGAAUUGUUGGAAUGGGUUUGACUGAACUGGUAGCAUCUGUUUUGGCGGUAUUUCUUAUAGAUCGUUAUGGUCGACGACCAUUACUUCUCUACUCACAAGCCUCUAUGGUGGUGUUUAAUGGUAUCUUAACACUAUCUCUAAAUUUAUCG